UACAGACGAAGGGCUCGGAUAUUUUCUUUAGUGUACCCCGUCUCCCCGCGCGAGACGACUCACGGCUAUUCAUAACGGCUGUAGAUAAACAACACACAAUGCAUGACCCUGUGGGAAUAUACAAACGAUCAUAAAGCGUUCAGAAGAGAUCUAUUUACCUUCUAAUAUAGAUGACGUAUUGAGCUGCGCGAGAGCUGAGAAAUCCGCCAUAUUAUGUGACAGUCUUCUGUGACAGCGGGAACGUUAUAGGUGAUAAAUGAAUUCGCUUGAAAAGGAUUGUGACACGGAAUAGUGACAGUGCCGAUCGCCAUUUUUCUGAGUAGACAACCUAGGAAAGUGUACUGUGGAAUAGGACAGUUGGAUUUAUCUCCGUGGAGAGCGCCAUGGGUUUCGCUAACGCUUCAGGGUGGGCCAAACUGGCCCUGUUUGUUCUGAUCCUGGGGGCAGUGCUGGACAUCGCGGGGUAUGCUACCACAAGCUGGGUGGUGUACCAGUCCAGUGAUGGGGCGACUAAAGUCAAUCUCGGCCUGUGGACUAUCACCGCGUGUCAGUCUUCUGUCUGUCAAACAGCCUCCGUGACGGACGCCUAUGUGAACACGUUAUUCAACGUGAUGCGGAUAAUGGAGACUAUCGGCCUCAUCAUCGCCGUUUUCCUAGUCUUCUUCGUCGGCGUCUACGUGUUCAUCGACUCCAUGAAGACGUCUACAAUCGUGAGGACGGCCAUGGUCCUCUGCUUCCUGGCAGGUAUAAUAAUCUUCAUCGGGAUGUGCCUGUGCCUCGCCUAUGUACCCUUCCCGUACGUUGUCUCCUUCUCCAUGGGCCUCACCGUCCUCGGCUACCUCCUCAUCCUCAUCGCGGGCGCCCUGCUCAUCCCCGACUCCUGUGAACCCAGGGACUACGACUGAAAGGGCAGCGCGAUCGUGCCGUGACCAGUGGACGUCUCUGGAUAUUUGUACAGUGCUAUAUAUUACCCGACAACUGCACCAGUGCUUUAGAAACAUUGAUGGAUUUGAGAAUGUGUCGGGAGUGUCGUACGAAUCAGCUCCGAGUGUUACGGUGUAUAUUAAGACUAUUCGGCGUUAUCCGCACUUGCAAUGGCAAUGUGCAUUUGCAUAGCGAACUUCGGAUAUAAUGAACUGAAGGAAAGGGAUCCUGCGAUUUCGUCUCGAAUUCGAAUUAAAAACACGUUUAUAUUUCUUGACCUUGACAUAAGUACGUGGAGUACGCUUAACGUACAUCUUGCUCCGUGUUGUGUCAUUGAGCCAGAGUGGAUGUUUGUUCCUUUGCCACCAUGUGGUCACUACUGGGGUGGUGGCCCAGUUUGCAGAGUUGCGUCCCUUGGGUAUGCCAGAAACCUAUGAUCCUGGGAUCGAAUCACGGUUUUCCCCGAUUAUAUUUAUAUGUUUGUCAGCACCAUACAGGUGUCCCUUGUCUAAACUGUGCAUCACUGGCUUUUCUCCGACAUCAAGUUGACGCGCCGGGAUAUAACUGAAAUAUGUUCUAAUCGGCCUUAAACCCACUCACUCACUCACUCACUCACUCAUCACAUGUAUGUAACUUAGUGAGCACGGUGGACUGAGUAAAUCAGGAUGACUUAGUAAGUACUACCCUAGACCACUGUUAAGGCAGCUGUUUUUGUUCGGGAACACGGGCGUGAGCCUUUCUAAUCUUAAAUUGAUGUCAAAAACCACAACAUAUAGGCAUGUUUUAUAAUAGGAUAAUGUAAAUAUUUUCGAGCCGACAAUUCUUGACGGACAUAGAUGUUGUCACUCGGCACAUCCCAACUGUCACGUGUUCAUAUCACGUGAAUCUUAUGUAACGGAAUAAGCCGAGUGGAUUGAAGUAGGACGUCUUCACAUGACACGGGCUAUGAUGUCACAUGACACGGGCUAUGAUGUCACGUGACACGGAAAAUGAUGUCAUAUUUUCAUGAAAGUGUGGAAAUUGAAAAAUUGUGGUAAUUAAUGAGUUGAACGGCAUUACCAAUCAACAGUGAAACCCUAGCUCGGACGGACAAACAAUGUCGGUACACAAGCUUCUCAGGACGUUCCGCCAUUGUUUCUCAAUCUGUUAAACAAGGCUUCCGGGACACCGUGGAGAAGACUACUGGAAUCCUCCUUCUGAAGAAACGUUCUCUCCGUUGAAUAGUACCGUGGUAAUACUAUUAAUUGAAUUUAACUUUCAUCUCGUUGUUGAUUUCCUCAGUACAUCUGAUACGUGUAGAAGUGUUUAUUUAUUUAUUAUUAAUAUGCGAUGUGUAUAAUCAAUUACUGAAAUAUGUUCGCACAUGUAGUGUAGAAUCUAGAUGUGAUGCGUGUUACAUAACCCACAUGUGCCAGACGCACUCUCUUGUCAAAGCCAAUGUGAUAUGUUGGAACGUACUUGUACAAGUAUUGAAUCAAUGUUUGCGCAGAGCAUACACAGGUACUUGACGGUAGGGAGGACACGACGUCAAAUCCUCUAGCCCACGGACCCAUAAAACAGGGUAACGGUGUGUCCCUAUAUAUCUGAGAGUUUGCACAACGGUCCGACUCGACUGUAUUGAGGAUAUGGACAACCCCUCAAAAAGGAGGGCGUAUAAAAUAUAGGUGCUGCUCACCCUGCUGUGUUUAAUACCGCCGAUACAUUAUCAGGGCGGUACUGCACUCAACUUGUUCAAAUGUCGAACUCUCAUUGGAUAAGGCUUUAUAUUAAAGGUAGCCAGCAACCGAUGCCCAAAAGCUGGAAGACCUAUGAAAUCAACAUGUAACCUAAUACGUCACACUGGUAUUCCCUCCUGUACGUGACACCAGUAUUGUCACUACCAGUUAUGACAUGUUUAGAAAGUCAAAUAGCAUGAUGAUGUAAGUCACGUUUGGGGAGAGAGCUGCGAUUGGGAUGAGCGGCCGAUGUCUACCUUUAAGCUGUGCUUUGAUUCUAUGUGGUAGCACGUUGUGUGUGGGCGGAGACUAUGCGUAUUAUCUAUCAUAUUAGCUGUGCUAUGCAGAGUAACGCUGUUCCUGGUUCCUGGAAACAAGCCGACAUUACAGUUUAUGUAGAUAUGUGAUAUAAUGGGGCAUUCUAGGGUAUAUGAUCUCGGACAUGCGACAGUGUCACUGACUUACCAUGAAUCCAUCUCCGAUGAUACUUAAAGGGCAAGUAGAGUCAACAUAGCAACUAUGCAGAUUCUAAUACUUUAGGGCAUACGUAAUCACAAAUGCUUGACCAAACUUUAAUUUGAAAAACGGAAAAAGCGAAAAACAGACCAUACAUCGUCCUCCAAACGAAAAAUUCCGCCACUGAGGGGAUUCUCCUUUAUAGGGUCAAAACGGGAUCCUGGUGUUUGACGCGCUGUCUAGGAUUUUUUAAUACACAAUGUCUUUGUUCUGUCUGUUCAUCCAUUAGGUUUCCGUGUCCACAAUUUAAUUCCUUCAGUUGUUUACUCAGGGGAUUAAUCGCUGAAUUUAUUGUCUGGUAUUGGGCCGAGGCCAGCUGGUGUUUCAUUACCCACACAGAAUGUUAGUAAUUUCGGAAUAUUGAUUUUCUCAAGAAAAUCGCGAUUAUUCUUUUCACUUUACUUGCCCUUUAAAUGCUCUUUUCAUAAACAACACUGUGAUAUAUUUUAUGUACAUUGUGAUGUUCAAUUGUUAGCUUAGGAAUGACGUUGUUGUUGAUGUUUUUGUUAGUUCAUUAUGUGUUCAUUAUAUGCACAACAUUCUAUUCAUCGCCUGUACUUCCCGGUCUUGUACACACUACGUUCCGCCGUACUGUAGACAGACACACGAUUUCCCUCGGUAUUUUAUUUAUGAUAACUCUGUUAUCAUCAAGACUUUCAGUAUUAAAUGUAUUUUUUCAUAA